AUGGAGUUUUUAACCUUUCCCCCAGAGAACCACUGCUUUUCAGAAUUACUCGACAGCAGCGACGGGGAUGAAGAGGAAAUACUUGUCUGUGGAGAAGAUUUAGAGCUUAAUCCUUUUGAUGGCUUGCCUUACUCCUCCCGUUAUUAUAGACUGAUGAAAGAGAGAGAAGAGCUUCCAAUAUGGAAAGAAAAAUGUACUUUCAUGGAAACGUUGCUCCAUAAUCAAAUUGUGAUUGUGUCAGGAGAUGCUAAGACUGGCAAGAGCUCCCAGGUGCCGCAGUGGUGCGCGGAGCGCUGCGCGGCGCGGCGCGGGGCCGUGGUGUGCACGCAGGUGCUGCGCCGCGCCGCCGUGGCGCUGGCCCUGCGCGCCGCCGACCAGCUGGACGUCGGCCUGGGCCACGAGGUCGGCUACGCCGUCCCCUUCGAGAGCUGCUGCACGCCCGAGACCAUCCUGAGGUACUGCACGGAUGAGGUGCUCCAGAGGGAAAUGAUGUCCACGCCGCUCCUGAACUCCUACAGUGUCAUCAUCUUGGACGACGUGCACCAGAGGACAGUGGCCACAGAUGCCCUGCUUGGCCUUCUGAAGGAGGUCUUGGCAGCCAGAGCAGAGCUGAGGCUGGUGAUCCUGACUGCCCCCCACAUGUGCAGCGCCCUGCAGCGCUUCUGCGGCGGCGUCCCCGCGCUGCGCGUGCGGGGCAGGCACCGCGCCCCGGCCGUCUUCUCCUGCAGCACCCACAGGGACCCCUUCCUGCCCGCCCUCAGGCUGCUCCUGGAGAUCCACCACUCCAGGGAGAGCGGGGACAUCGUCGUCUUCCUGCCAUCUGAGCGAGAAAUUGAAAAAGCUUAUCAGAUGAUCAGACAGGAACAACCCAGUUUAAACCCUGACCUUGGAGAACUCAUCCCCAUCCCUUUGUACCCCACAAAACAAGACCUGGCUCCCAAACUAAUUCAAAACAGGCAGAAAUGCUGCAAAAAAUACAGGAGGAAAGUGCUACUCACCACCAGCUCUGGAGAACCUUUGAUCUGGACUAAAAAUGUGACUUUUGUCAUCGAUGUUGGUCUGGAGACAAGAAAGGUGUACAAUCCUAGAAUCAGAGCAGACUCUGUUCUAACCCAGCCUAUCAGCCAAAGUCAAGCAGAGAUGCAUAAACAAAUUCUGGGCAUGUCUCCAUCAGGGAAAAUCUUCUGCUUGUAUCCUGAAGAAUUUACAUACAAGGAAAUGAAGCCAGAAAUUCCAGCUAAAGUUCAGGAAUCCAAGCUCACCAGCUUGGUGCUGUUCCUGAAGAGGAUGGACAUAGCAGGCUUUGCUCACUGUGACUUCAUCAGCAGCCCAGCUCCUGAAAGCCUGAUGCAGGCUUUGGAAGAUCUGGAUUAUCUGGCAGCGCUGGAUAACGAUGGAAACCUCUCUGAAUUUGGGAUUAUUAUGUCAGAAUUCCCCCUGGAUCCUCAGCUGUCCAAGUCACUGCUGGCUUCCUGUGAAUUUGAGUGUGUGGAUGAGAUGCUCACCAUUGCAGCCAUGGUCACAGCUCCCAGCUGCUUCCUGCACGCCCCUCCUGGCACAGAGGAGAUCGCUCGGAGCCGCUGGCACCGCUUCUCCCACCCUGCAGGAGAUCACUUCACCCUCAUCAACGUCUUCAACGCCUUCAAGGCAGCCACUGCCAACUUCAGCAGUGAGAAAUGGUGCCGUGAUUAUUUCCUGAGCUGCUCAGCUCUGAGCAUGGCAGAGAUGAUCAGAGCCGAGCUGGUGGAGAUCAUGAAACGCAUCGAACUUCCCAUCUCAGAACCAGACUUUGCAUCAGAAGCAAAUCUGCUAAGCAUUAAGAAAGCUCUUUUAUCUGGUUACUUCAUGCAUGUUGCUCGUGAUGUGGAUGGCUCAGGGAACUACUUAAUGCUAACACACAAACAAGUGGCCCAGCUCCACCCCUUCUCAUCCUAUUACAGCACCAGGAGGAUUCCAGAGUGGGUUUUAUUCCAUGAGUUCAGCAUCUCUGAGGGCAAUUCCAUCCGAGUUGUCUCUGAGAUCUCCCCCCAUCUAUUUGCAGAGCUGGUACCUCAGUAUUAUUUCAGUAAUCUUCCUCCAAGUGAAAGCAAGGAUAUUCUGCAGGAAGUGAUCAAUCACUUGGCACCUGUUUCAGCCACAAAGGAGGAACAGAAAACUGUCAGUGACAGCAAAGAAAAUGAGGAAUUUCCCCAAACUCACACUGAGCAGAGAUGUGUUAUUCAGUGA